AUCAAGUAUAUAAUGCGGACAUUAUUAACGUGCUCUAUUUUACUAUUUUUCUGUUCACCUCAGGUGACCGGGCAAGUUGAUUUGACGGAUACGGUGCAGUUUUUCAUCUUCGACAGUCAACAGAAUGGUUUGAUUCCCGUAUCGACUGAUGAUGGCGUUUUCAAUCAAAAUGGUUGCAACCCAAAGAACAACUUUACAGUGGUUGUUCACGGAUGGAAGGAAAGUGCCAAGAAAGCCUGGGUUCUACCAAUGUUAGCAAAUUUUUCCAGUCACCGAGGAGGGUGUGUGCUUUUUAUGCAAUACGGCCGUGCCUCUGAUGCAGAUUCAUACUUUUCUGUGAUGAUGCCAAACUUUGAGAGGCUUUCCAAUAUGUUGGUGCAAUUCCUUCGCCGUUUGCUAUCACUGGGGUUUGCUUCAGAGAAUGGGUUCCUGUUUGGAUUUAGCUUCGGAGGACAAAUGGUUCUGGAUGCUGGUCGAAAAUUGGGAAAUCAGAAGCUAGCCAGAGUUGAUGCCUGUGAACCGGCUGGGCCAGGAUUCGACUCGAAUCUCACCUAUGGCAGUUUGGAGAAGAAAAGUUCGGCCAAGGCGGUACAAUGUAUCUUCACCAGUCUUGUUUUUAGCACAGUCAACAGGAACUGUCACAUCAACUGGCAGAUGGGAAUUUGCGGCAUCAGUCAGCCGGCGGCAAGGGUUGCUCCGGAGUCAGAUCAUGGAUUAUGUCCGUAUUUCUACAACAGUGCAUUCGAUAAUAAAUUUGUUCCAAUGAAGAAGCCAAUCUAUUGCCCUUCUACGAAGGCUGUCGGCUCAUGGCCCCAAACUUUUAGAAUGGGAUAUUUUUGUGACGUUGGAAGCGGAGCAACGGGUGAUUAUUAUGCAACGACGUUAAAAUAUUAUCCUUAUGUUUGAAGAAAAAAGAUUUUUUGUCUUCCUGGAAGAAAUGAGAAAAAUAUAAGAAUAACCUACUUUUUGUUUAAUGUUUUAAUGAUUUUAAGCUGUGGUAGUUUUUGAUCAUGAAAACAAAAUUAAAAGUAAAUAGUAAUUUUUGGACGACUAAUCAUAUU